AGGCCGGCCGCGGGUCGGGGGCCGAGGGCGGGCGCUUGUCUCGGCCGGGUCGGUGCCCCCGUAACGUCUGCGGGGCGGGAGCGGCUCCCCGGGCGCCGGGGCCGGCAGCAGCGUGUGGGCUCUCCCCGCUCGCCUCGCCCCGUCUGGCUGCUGGGACAGCCCCGACGGGAGACGGGGGCGGCGGGGGGGGGGAAGCGAACCUCGGCUUGUGUUCGUGCGGCUGCUGUCCAGAGACGUGUUGGCGGUGGUGGCUGGCACAGAGCAGCUUCCGAUUUGAAACCCCGUUCCUCCACCUGUUGCGGUGUGGUAGAAAGUGUUGCGGCCCCGCCUGCACAGUAUUGCACUCGCAGAUUUUUCAGAAAAUAAUACUGAACAUAUGCUUCAAGGAUGUCUCUCUCUCUCAUAAUAAAAUGGGGUGGACAGGAGUAUACAAUAACCUCGUUAUCAGAAGAGGACACAGUGCUGGAUCUGAAGCAGUCUCUUAAAGGCCUUACUGGAGUGUUACCAGAGCGUCAAAAACUACUUGGACUUAAAAUGAAGGGCAAACCCGCAGAUGAUGAUGUUAAGCUUGGAGCUCUCAAGUUGAAACCAAAUACUAAAAUUAUGAUGAUGGGCACUCGUGAAGAGAGUUUGGAAGAUGUCCUUGGGCCACCUCCUGAUAAUGAUGAUGUUGUCAAUGACUUUGAUAUUGAAGAGGAAGUUGUGGAAGUAGAAAAUAGGGAAGAAAAUCUACUAAAAAUUUCCCGCAGAGUUAAAGAAUACAAAGUGGAAAUUCUGAAUCCUCCUAGAGAAGGAAAAAAGCUGCUGGUGCUAGAUGUUGAUUAUACACUAUUUGACCACAGGUCAUGUGCUGAAACUGGGGUAGAACUGAUGAGGCCAUACCUUCAUGAAUUCCUGACAUCUGCAUAUGAGGAUUAUGAUAUUGUAAUUUGGUCUGCUACUAAUAUGAAGUGGAUUGAAGCUAAAAUGAAAGAGCUCGGAGUGAGUACUAACGCAAACUACAAGAUAACUUUCAUGUUGGACAGUGCUGCCAUGAUAACAGUGCACACUCCUAGAAGAGGACUAAUAGAUGUGAAGCCUCUUGGUGUUAUCUGGGGAAAAUUUUCAGAAUAUUACAGCAAAAAAAAUACUAUUAUGUUUGAUGAUAUUGGCCGAAACUUCCUAAUGAAUCCACAAAACGGACUCAAGAUAAGGCCUUUUAUGAAAGCACACUUAAAUCGGGAUAAAGACAAGGAGCUUCUAAAGCUCACUCAAUACCUCAAAGAAAUAGCAAAAUUAGAUGACUUUUUGGAGCUGAAUCACAAACAUUGGGAAAGGUAUCUUUCAAAGAAGCAAGGACAAUAACGCUAAUAAAAUUGUGUGGCACUGAAUUGAAGGGAACAUAACUAAGAUCAUUGGACUUUUCCUUGCUUUUACGCUAGAGUAUAAUAGUGCUGGACACUGGAUCCAAUGCCAGAAUGACUGCUAUACUUGGUCUUCCAGUGGGUUGGUUGUGGGUUUUUAAAAAGAUCACAGCAAUAAGCUCAAAGUGGGAGAAACAAGUCAGUUACUUUUUCUUGCAUUCAGUUCUGGUGUUACUACUUAAAAUACUUUCCUCUCCUUUGCUGCCGAAGUACAACCAUAACCAUUAAAGACCAAAACCAUUCUGAAACUAGAAAAAAAAUAUUUAGACCAAAAAAGUUGAGUAAGAAGCCAAUCUUGGCAGUGUAUGAAUUGUAUAAGUCCUCUAUUCCCUCCAUCUUUAGAAACAGUCUCCCUCACCCAUUCCAGUAUUUAAGUCUAUAAAUUACAAGUUGUCUAAGUUUGGUAUGUAUUAGUAUGUCAGUGUUUCUCUGUGCAAGACGGGAAAGUACCACCUCUGUGGCCAAUUUACCCCAGUGUGUGAACUUGUACUAUAAAGCAGUGUUUACUGGAAAACAAAUGAUUGAAGUUUGAGGGAGAAAAACCCACUCUUAUUUGGUAAGUGAAAAGCAGUCUGCCUGAAAAAUUCUCGUAUGUCAGAUAAAGGGUUUAAACCUCAGAUGGGAAAGUCACAUUCCUAACAAAGCAUGAACAAAACCCUUGUUCUCUUCUAGCUAAAUCUUGUCAAAGUGCAAACACUGUGUUUAAAUACAAUAUUCAGCCAUACUGUUCUUAAAAUAUCAUUUACUUGCGCUGCUUAUGCCUGCACUAUAGAAGUGUGAUGUGACUGCUGUUUGGCAUUACCAACACUUGUGCAUUAUGCAGUUCAUGUAUUUGAAAGAAGACUGACCCUUUCAAAUAAAAAUGGUAUAUAUUGUUCUUAAGGAACUAUAGCAGUUGUGUAAAUAAUAAAUACCUUUUUCAUAA